GACCGGAAGUGCGAGGCGGAAAACGGAUAAAAAUGCUUCAGAACGGAAGUGUGAAGUGAAGAUGGAUGAGAAAUUUUCAGAGGAGUCAGGGAAGCCUUGAAGCGCGAGCCUGGAGUGACUGCCUGGUUCUUCUGGGAUUCUGAGUCCUGUAAUUAGUGCUUGUUUCUGGUUUUUUCAGACUAAAGAGCUGAAGGAUGAGUGGUCAGGCCCCACCCCCGCUCCUGCAGCUGACAGUGCAGAGGCUGCUGAGGGAGGAGGCCCUGGCCAUCUCUGCUCUGCAGGACCUGCCUACGGUGCUGUUCCCACCACUGUUCAAGGAAGCCUUCAACCACAGACAGACUAACAUCCUGAGGGCUAUGGUAGCAACGUGGCCCUUCCCCUUCCUUCCUGUGGGGACCCUGAUGAAGACUCCCCACCUGGAGACCUUGCAGGCUGUGCUGGAUGGAGUAGACAUGCUGUGGACACAGAAGGUUCUCCCCAGGAGGCGGAAGCUUCAAGUGCUUGACCUGAGGAAUGUGCACCACGACUUCUGGGAUGUUUGGGCUGGAACAGAGGGUGAAGACUGCUCAGCAGAGGCUGUGUGUGAAAAGCAAACCACAAAGCGCCAUCCUAGAUACGCACUGAGGCAGCGUUUGAAGGUGGUCACGGACCUUUGCCUCAGGUUCCAUCUGAAUGAACACCAAACAUACUUGUUACAGUGGGCCCAGCAGAGAAGAGGUUUCAUAAGGCUGUGCUGUGUGAAGAUGCGGAUUUGGGCAUUGCCCGUCUACACCGUCAGGAAAGUCUUGAUGGUUUUCCAGCCUGACAGCAUCCAAGAGUUGGAACUGAAUACAGGUUGGAGUCUGUCCACUCUGGUGCAUUUUGUAUCUUACCUGGACCAGAUGAGGAAUCUUCAAAAACUCCUUUUAACCCGGAUCCACAAGAAUACCUUCAAGGUUCUAAAUACCCCCACAGACAUACAAAAGUGUAUCACCAAGUUCGUGUCUCAGUUUUCCAAACUCAACUGUCUCCAACAUCUCUCCAUGAAUGGCGUCUACUUUUCCAGUGAGCACAUGAAACAGUUGUUCAGGUACCUGAAGACCCCUUUGGACACCCUGUCCAUUACUAUGUGCAAGCUCUCACAGUUAGAUUUGAAUUCCUUGUCCCAGAGCCAGAGUCUCCAUCAGCUCAAACACCUGAAUCUGAGACUUGUGAAGUUAAUUGAUUUAUAUCCUGUGCCUUUCCAUGAUCUCCUAAAGAGUGUUGCAGACACUCUGCAGACCCUAGAGUUGGAGGGCUGCUGGUUGGUGGACUCUCAGCUCAUCACCCUCCUGCCUGCCCUGAGCCAGUGCUCUCAACUCACCAGGGUCAAUUUUUGUGACAAUGACAUCUCCAUGGCUGUCCUGAAGGACCUUCUGUAUCACACAGGCAACCUACGCCAGUUGACCCAGGAGCUGUACCCCGCCCCUCUGGAGUGCUAUGAUGACAGGGGUGAUGUCCGUGUGGGAAGAUUUGUCCAACUUUGUCCUGAGCUCAUGGAUGCACUCGCUACUGUAAGGCAGCCCAGGAGAGUCUCCUUUGCUACAUAUGUCUGCCAUGAAUGUUGUCAGCGCUGUGUCUAUGACCGGGAGACCAAACUUUGUCGUUGUUGGCAGUAAAUGGGGGAUGGUUGCUUCUUGAUACUGAGAAAUGAAAGCCUAACACAAUAGGUCUUUCAUCAAGGGGAGCCAGAGCUUAUAGCCACACUCUCACUGCUUAGUGUUUGGGCAACAGUGGUAUGCAGUAGGGUCAGACCACAGGGACUGAGGUUGACAUGGAGAACAGUGGGGCUUGAGGACAAGUGUUUAUGGAGUCAAAAAGAUAAUUCUGCAUUUCUUUUUUCUUUAAGAUUUAUUUCGUGUAUGAGUGGUUUAUCUUCAUAUGUGUGUGCUUGGUGCUUGUGGAGGACAGAUGAAGGAUUGGAUCCCCUGGAACUGGAGUAACUGAACCACCAUGUGGGGGCUGGGGAUCUAACAUGGGUCCUCUGCAAGAACAAGUGCUCUGAGCUGCUGAGCGAGCCAUUGCUCCAGCCCCAAUUCUGCAUUUUCUAAACGAGUUCUGGCAGGACAUGGUACACACAUGGUAGUUGUGAGGUAAGGGUCAGAUUUUGAAACCUGGAUAUUCUCCUGGUGUCCUUCCCUGCCAUUAACCUGGUUUCAGUGUCACUGUUUCCCUUGGACUGUUGAGCUGGAAAGACCCUGUGUUGGCAGCAGAUGUACAAAGAUACAGAAGACGACACUUUGGCAGAGACUUGCAGCCAGCUUCGUGGAUGAACAGCUCCUUUACCUUUGGUCUUUUUACUGUGAGCCAGCCAUGGUCAGACUGCCUAGACCACACACAGCCUGUGUGCCAGCCAUGGUCAGACUGACUGCCUAGACCACAGCCUGUGAGCCAGCCGACUGAACUUCAUUUAGUUCUGAUCUGUAGGGUUCUAGCGUUCUGUUCCUUUAGCCUGUAGAAAAUCCUGACUAACAUCAAAGUAAACUGAAGGCAAUUAGACACUGUUUUCUUUUCCUUCCCUCUGCCUGGGUGUCUGUUGUGUCCCACUGUGUGUCCGCUCAGCGCUUUGUGUGUACAAAAUUUUCAACCUAAAGUGAGCAGUGCAGUCUCCUGUGAGGGCUUUGGGGAAUGGUCGAAGCAUUCUAGCUGGUGUAUUUAGACUAGGAGGUACUGUGGACAUAGCCAAGACUGCUGAAGCAAAAUCAAAGAUAGAAGCCACCUUGCUUGCUCCCUCCCUGUUUAUCUCUUUCAUAGUCACCUAUUGCCCAGGCUGGCUUCGAAAUUCCCCUGCCUCAACCUCCUAAAUGCUAAGAUUACUGAAGUAUGCCACUGUGGCCAGCUUUUAAAUCACAUGUCUGUGGGGCCCUAUUCUUCAGGACUUCCAGCCCUCUGGGUGUCCCUGAACAUAAAGGUCUCCAGCUGAUGGACAGAUGUCCCUGUCCUGUCUUAAAGGAUUGACAGACCUUAACUGCAUUAUAAGUGUUCAGGAGUAAACUUUUAUUUUGUUAAUGAGUACUGUAAAUGUCCAGGAAUAAACUUUUAUUUUGUUAAUGAGUACUUUAAAUGUCCAGGAGUAAACUUUUAUUUUGUUAAUGAGUACGUAAGCCUACCCAUUGCACUCCCCUGUGUUUGUAUGUCGUGGUAGCAAUAAAGAAUUUUGUUUCA